UAAAGUGGACGUUUGCUUCGUACUUCGAUGUCUCUUUUUCUGAGCACUUGUCGUCUGCUCUGCAUUUCUGUCCUAUUUGGCACAAAACCAUUAGUAUAUAUAUCAUUUGCAUUUAAGUCCAAAGUGACAGACAAAGUCAAUCCAGGAUUGACAGGUGCUCAUCAUAAUUUUUGCAAGCCAGCGUAUAACAAGGGCUGGGAACAAACUCUGAUAAACAGCCAUUAUCAGUUUUUAUGUCAGGCCGCAAUGUCUGAAGUAAAAUCACAGAUUAACGUGAUUUGCCUAAAGAAUUUAGCUGCAAACAUAGAAAAAAACACUGACGUCAUUGUUGCAGGCCGUAGAUCAGAUGCAACAGAGCACGUUAUCUUCUUUGGUGGAGAUGUACAGGAUUACCCAGAGAACAUGAUGAAUCACCGUGACAAUGGUCGAUAUGUACAAUGGAACAGCAUUGCCACUGCUGAACUCCUAGCUAAAAGAUUCCCGACAGCAAUGGUGAUGGUCUUCAAACCACAGUCCAUGCAUCUCAACACUUUUAGUGUCUACAGUCAGUUUGUAGAAUCCAACGAUUUUGGAUGCCCAAAACAUUCUCGUGAUUUUGGUGCCUGGAGAACUCUUUCUGUUAUUUAUCAUGAAGUUAUAAAGAAUGGUCUUAUUUCAUUAAAGGACUUGUGCACUACUGAGAAAACAGAAAGCUUGCAAAGCUCUGAGAAAAGUUCUGUGGAGGACUCUGAUAAUCUACAUGAAGUUAGAGAAUAUGAAUUAGCAUGUGUAGACAAGGUUGUCGGAGAUGGACAAACAUCUUUCAACAGCUCAGUGGCAGACAUCCCUAUCCAUUUGAUUGGCUUCAGUAAAGGAUGCGUUGUUCUGAAUCAGUUGUUGUUUGAAAUAGAGGCUGCAUGCAAAGAUCGUUCCACACUCCUUCCUCGAGUGCAUGCCAUGACAUGGCUGGAUGGUGGCCAUAGUGGUGGAAGUAACACAUGGAUCACUGACCGAUCAGUGUUAAAAUGCUUUGCGUCACUUCCGAUCACAGUCAGUGUGCAUGUUACACCAUACCAGGUGAAAGAUGAAAUGCGUGCAUGGAUUGGAAAGGAGAAGCGCAGAUUUGUUGAACAACUUACCAAGGAAGGCAUGAAAAUUACUGAUAAAAUUCAUUUCGAAGAUGACCCAAAAUCUAUUGAGAAUCAUUUUAGAGUAUUAGAAGUUUUCUGAGUUAAAAUAUAACACUGUAGAAAAAAAUGGGGAAAACCAUGUUUUUAAUUGUCAUUAGAUAAUUCUCUAUUCUUUUUUCUUCAGAAUAUUUGAAUUGUUGGCCAAAAGUCUUUUCUAACUGAAGGUGCAUAGGUAAUUAAUGAGCAUGCUGCUGUAAAAUCUGAUGCUCUAGAAGAUUUUUUUUAAUUUUUGUUUUUAAUUUCUUGUUUUCUUGAUUUCUUUAAUAUUUGAUUAAAUAAUGUUGUGUCCAACACAUUUUUUCAUCCCUGAAACAUAAUACAUGAAAAGAUAUAUACUCUGUGACUUGAAAACACUCCCUGACUAUUCAGCAGACAUGGGGGACCUAUUUAUCAGGAAAAAAUGGAUAAACUGCCUUUCACAUGCUGUGGCCUAAAUUUAGUGAACCACUGCCUCUGCCACGCUACUACUAUGCUAAUGGCCUUUAAUAACAGCUCUGUAAAUACAGACCAUAGCUUUGGCUAAAGAUAGGAUCAUUUGCAUUUUGUAGGAGGAUCUUAAAGAUAAUAUCUGAUGGGAGCUGAUGUGAAAUGCAGAGUGGAUAAAAAAGUUCAAAAACAUUGUGCCUGGAAUUUUCCAAUAUCACUUUCUACUUUCCACCAUUUUCCCACUUAAGCAGAUUUUAUAGUUAGUCUGAAUUCUUCUACUACCUCUCUUGAAGUUGAAGCAUCUGAGAUGUACAUUGUCAUUUUAGAAGAAUUUGUCAUUUCGUUUGCUGGUUUAGCAGUUGAUUAGCACAGCUUUCCAGUUAAUUGAUACAGUUAAUACAUUGAUAUUUAAUUUAUUUAUCUUCCAUUGAUCAUUGCAAAAAAGCUUAGAAAUGAAUUACAAAUUCUUCUGAGCAGUGUGGUAGGCACUCUUUAUGUAGUAGUAUGUGGCUCAUGUUUAAGUAAAUAAGUCAAUGCUGGGACACUUGCAUUUCACAUAUGCAGGUGAUAAAGAGUUCUAAGUUGAUUUUGUAAUGUUUUGUUACAUAUGCAACUUAAACAUAAGAUUCUGGGCAGUCUUUCAACUUUCGAAAUUUUUACUGCAAAAUUUACUGGUGCAGAAAGUUAUAAACUGUAUCUGUUAAAGUGGAAGUUGCUCAGCAUUACAUGUAUUUUAAGUCAUUUAAAAAAAAAUCCAAAUGGCUAUCACUUGUUGUGGAGCCAUCAUGUGUAUAUUCCAGAGCAGACACGCAAUUACAUUCAUAUUAAGUGCAUGAGAUUUGUGAUGUCAGUGAGAAAUUUCUUUCAGUAUUUAAACAAGCUUUAAAUAAACGAAGGUUGUAUACUUAUAUGGAGA